AUGUGUGCAUUCAGGUGUGUGUGUGUGCUGCUGUGUGUGAGUGUGUGUGUGUGUCUGAACCUGUUGGAUGAAGCUGUGAUGUUCAGCGGAACGACAGGAAGUCUGUUUGGAUUCUCUGUCGACUUCCACACCUUCAAUGACACGUCCUUUGUUGUCAUUGGAGCUCCUAAAGCCAACACGAGCCAAUCAGGAGUGACAGAGGGAGGGGGCGUGUUUCUCUGCCCCUGGUCACCUGGGGGAGGGACCUGUGAUAUCAUCAACUUUGACCUGGAAGGUGAUGCUGACUACAACAUCUCCGGUCUGUCCUUUCACUCCUUCAAGAGUCAGCAGUGGUUUGGAGCUUCAGUUCGAUCGGUCAGCAACACACACUUACUGGCCUGUGCUCCGCUCUUCCAUUGGAACGUUCAGAGGCAAGGGGCGGAGUCAGGGGAAACACCUGUGGGGAACUGCUUCCUAUUGGACCAGAGGACAGGAAGCUCCACCCCCUUCUCCCCCUGCAGAGGAAGCAUGAUGGAGGAAGACUACAAGUCCAUGGCAAACAGAAACGACCAGCGCUACUGCGAAGUUGGCUUCAGCGUUGACAUCACCAAGGAUGGGCGGCUGCUGCUGGGAGCUCCAGGAAGCUUUUAUUUCCAGGGUCAGGUCAUCACAGUGGGUGUGAGUGACAUCAUCAGCAGUGGGUGGAGCAACAAUCCUAACCAUUAUGUAACUGGCGUCAGCCAAUCAGAUGAGAGGGGAGAUUAUGACCUUUACCGUGGUUACUCUGUGGCCAGUGGUCUGCUGACUGGAGACUCCACGCCGGAUUAUCUGGUUGGUGUUCCUAACGACAGAAGCACAGCAGGAACAGUGCUGGUCUACGAUGGCAGGAGCAGUGGAUCCCUGAGGGUUUACCACAGCUUCCAGGGAGCUCAGGUGGCGUCGUACUUUGGACACAGCGUGGCUGUAGCAGACGUCAACAGUGAUGGUUUAGACGACGUGCUGAUCGGAGCUCCUCUCUUCAUGGACAGAGUGAAGGAGCAGCUGCAGGAGAGAGGACAGGUGGUUUUAUACCUGCAGAGAAGACACGCCUCCUUCUCCUCCCAACCUGACCAAUCAUUGAUUGGCUUCUCUCUCUACGGGCGGUUUGGCUCUGCCCUCGCUGCACUGGGUGACCUGGACAUGGACGGUUACCACGAUGUCGCUGUUGGGGCUCCCUGGUCAGGUGACAGCGGGCAGGGCCAGGUAUUCAUUUACAUGGGCAACAGUAACGGCCUGUCAGCCACGCCCUCACAGGUGAUUGACAGCCCGCUGCCCAGCAGCAGGACGGCAUUCAGCUUUACUCUGAGGGGUGGGGCCGACGUCGAUGGGAACGGAUACCCAGACCUGCUGGUUGGAGCGUGGGCUGCAGACCGAGCUUUUGUCUACAGAUCCCAAGCAGUGAUCCGGUCCAGAGUGUCUCUCUCUCUGCUGCCGGACUUCCUGAAUCCAGACGUCAAACUGUGCCUUCGUGGAAACACACCUGUGUCCUGUUUUGUGGUCCAGAUGUGUGUCUACGUGUCUGGUCACAGGAUCCCACCUGAGACAGCACUGGGGGUGGAGCUACAGCUGGAUAGGAUGAAGCAACCAAUAGCAAGACGGACUCUAAUGCUGCUGACCAAUCAGCCGCAGGAGAUGAUGAAUCUGAUGGUUCAGAGGGAGGUGGGCGUGGCCUGCAUUAAUCAGACGGCCUACCUGAGGUCUGAAGAGGAGGUUCUGGAUAAAUUGAGUCCGAUCUUCAUUGCUGUCAGUAUCAGCCUCCUCAACCCUACCCAAGAUGCUUUGUUGCACGGACAGACACACGCUACUGCACAGUGUAUCAGACAGCGUGCUGGUCGGUGAGGAUCAGACGGUGCUGUUGUCGGUGUCGGCAGAGAACCAGGGUGAGGGAGCGUACGAGACCGAGCUGGUGGUCCGAAUCCCCGAACACACACACUUCCAGAGCAGUCAGGGUGUCAACAGACUGGUGUGUGUUCAGAAGAAAGAGAAUCAGACUGUCAUCGUGACCUGCGACCUCGGCAACCCCAUGAGACAAGGACACACACUGAAGACAGGUCUUCUGUUCAGCGUGGGUCGUCUGGAGGAGGUGGAGAGUCACAUCACCUUUAGCCUCAGGAUCAGGAGUAAGAACUCAGUGAAUCCCAGCAGUAAGGAGGUCUCAGUCCAGGUCCAGGUGAAGGCCGAGGCGACGCUGGAGAUCAGAGGAGGCUCCUCCCCUCCAGAGUUUGUCCUGCCCCUCCCUGACUGGCAGCCUGCAGUGCAUCCUGGGAGUUUAGAGGACAUGGGUCCACUGGUGGAACAUGUUUACGAGCUGAGGAACCUGGGUCCCAGUACGGUCAACGCCCGGCUGGUGGUGGACUUCCCCUCCACCUGGCGACAUCACUUCCUGCUCUACAUCUUCUCCAACGCCUCCGAAGAGCUAAUGAGCUGCCAAACCCUGAAUGCAUCGCAGAUAGACCCGUUUAAGCUGGCAGGUAACUCCUCAGGUGUGUCUGCAGUGUCUCAGCUGGUCCAGCAGGAGGAGACGGACUCUUACAGUCAGACAGUUCAUGUGAACUGCAGCAGCAGGGAGGCGGGCUGUGUCAGGUUCCUGUGUGAUGUCACGGCGUUGGGGCGGGGCUUCAGCGCUGUCAUACGAAUCUCUGCCAGACUGUGGACACACACACUCACACAGACUCCCUACCUGAACUAUGAGCUUGUGUCCUCCGCCUCCUAUGAUGUCAUCAACGCAUCUUCAAAAGUCCAACCACUGCUGCUGCACAGUGGACACACACAGACUCAGCUCAGUGUGUUGUGGCGUCCGCCUGAUGGAGAGAAAGACGUUCCUAUUGGCUACAUCGUCCUGUCAAUCAUCUCUGGACUCCUCCUCCUGAGCGUGCUCUGUUUCGUUUUCUGGAAGCUGGGCUUCUUUAAGCGUACCCGCCCCCCCUCUGAUGAGGAUGAUGACGACCAUGAUGAAGAGCAGCGGCUGGCUGAGGAAUCACAUGACUGAGUAACACUCAGGUCACAUGACGAUGAGCCGUGACGUCUUCAUCGACUGAUGUUUGUCACAUGUUGUUUUUCCUGUUGAAAGUGAUCAGUAACCAGCUUCAUGAAAUUUCACGUUGUUGUUGUUGUUUAUUUACACAUGAAGUCUGUUUCAGUCAAGUCAUUUGUUUUUGUUCCAUCUCAGCUGUU